AAAAAGCACCAUCCAUCCAAAAGCCAAAACAAACCGCACUUCAUUUCAUGUUGUUUUUGUCGCACUAACAAAAAAAAAAAAAACAUUUUCUUUGCUUCUCUCUUCUCUCUCUAUUUAGUUUGUUUGCUUCAUUUUCCUUCUCUAUCAACCAAAUCUAGAGCAACCCAUUUCGUUGUUUAAUGUUUAGGGUUUCUUUCUUCUUCCAUUUUGCUGAAUGAGUUCACACCCUUUUCUACAGUGACACUGUUUGAGUCACUCUUUCAAACAAGGCCUUUUAUUUCGACUCUAUUAUGGCUGGGGAAACAACAUGGAUCAGCCACUAUGAUGAUGACAUGAAAAAGGAGACCGGGGAUUUUGAUUUUGAACUUGAUGAGGACAUUGAUAAAGAAGUGACUGCUGUUUCUGUGGAUGUAAUUUUGCCUGAAGAUUUAUUGGAGCGUAUCCUAGCCUAUCUUCCCAUUGCAAGCAUUUUUCGGGCAAGCUGUGUGUGCAAAAGAUGGCAUGCAAUUGUUACUUCGGAAAGGUUUUUAUGGAACCCUUCCCAUUUGCUACCGCAGAAACCCUGGUAUUUUAUGUUCACCAGCUCUGAUGUACCAAUCGGUCAUGCUUAUGAUCCGAAUCUUCGAAAAUGGUAUUGCAUUGAACUCCCCUUCAUCGGAACUUCUAAUUGGUUCAUUUCUUCAUCAUAUGGUUUAGUUUGUUUCAUGGACAAUGACAGCAGAAGUGAAUUAUGCAUGUGUAACCCUAUUACCAAAAGCUGUAGGAAGCUUCCAGAGCCUCCAGGGAUGAGAUUUUCUGAUUACGGUGCAUUAGCAAUUUCGGUGAACAAGGAAUCACAUGGUUAUACUGUGGCUAUUGUGAAAUCAAAGCAAGUUCCCGAAAACUUUUUUCGGUGGGAUAUCUCAAUUCUUAUAUACAAUUCAGAGGAGGAAGUGUGGACAACGCCAUUAACGAAGGUUUUGACGGGGUGGAGAGGUGGUGACGAGAGUGUGAUAUGCAAUGGCAUGCUUUACUUUAUAGUUUACUAUACGGGGGGAAUUCCACCGGAAAGCCGUCACUCUUUAGUCGCAUAUAAUAUUUCCAAUCGAUUUUCUCAAGCUAGCUUGAGCUUUAUUCCUGUACCUUGUUCCCUAACAUGUGGCCGUCUAAUGAAUAUGAAGGAGAAGCUUGUAAUGGUGGGAGGAAUUGGCAAACAUGAUCGACCGGAUAUAAUAAAAGGAAUUGGUAUUUGGGUUCUUCAUGAUAGUAAGUGGGAAGAGAUUGUCCGAAUGCCGCACAAAUACUUCCAAGGCUUUGGAGAGCUUGAUGAUGUUUUCGCUAGCAGAGGCAUCGAUGAUGUAAUAUAUAUUCAAAGUUAUGGAUCUCCGGCACUUCUCACAUUUGACAUGAACAUUAAACAAUGGAAAUGGGCACAAAAAUGCCCGGUAACAAAGAAGUUCCCUCUACAACUUUUCACUGGUUUUUGCUUUGAGCCGAGGUUUGAAAUUGCUCCGUAGUUUGUUAUUCUCUAUAGAAUCAAACAGCGGCUUUUGACAAUUAUGUCAAAGUUUGUGGAGAUUUUCUCCAUUGUUCUUAAGUUGAAAUUUCUAAAAUGAUUUAUGUGUUUCAACUUGAUGAUAUACGAUGGUGAUUCAUGAAUACUGAAUAUUUAUUAUAACAUUUGAAAAUACAACAGAGCUAUAUUGUUUAUGAUGUAUUAGCUAGUGUAUGUCUCGCAUUUGUUAAUCAAAACAGAACAUUUUACUGUUCACAGUUAUA